AUGAAGGAAGCUUUUCUGAAGGCCCUGCCAUCAAGUCUGAAAGAGCUGUUGAAGAACAGCCCGGAUAGUGUUGCUCCACUGAAAGAACUUUUUGCUAUUUCCCAGAGAACCGGGUACGCAGACCAGCUGGACUUCACAAAGCUUUACAAGAUAGCUGAUGAUGUAUUGAAGCGUUCUGGGCCGUCUCGACCUGGUAAACGUAAAACUCAAGAUGAAAGUGUUGAGGUGAAAAUUCCGACAUCAGCAAAGCGGAAUAAACUAGCGUCUUCGUCGCGGCAUCGGUCCAAGCGAGGCAACAUCCGUGAUACACCCAAGGAUUCACCACGAAGACACGUUAGAUUAAAAAGACCGGCAGCACGCGUCGGAUCGGAUGUUAAACGAAGUCCAACUAAACUGCGUAAAAUACCGGGAAUGCAAAACUUUGCUCGCGGUCGACGAUCGAUAGUGAUUGAUCAGAUAACGAAGAAGUACAAGAGAAUUGCUGAAAAGAAGAAUCGCUUGUCCUGA